UCGAGAAAUUUCCGAAUCACAACAAAACACACGCAUCCAAGAGCUCAAGGUAAAAGAGUUUUUGUUCUUCGAAAUCUGCGGCGGAAUAAUUGUGAAAUCCUACUGAAAUACGCAAGCGUUUAUCGCGACACUUAGUUAUCUUUGCUAAAAACGAAUAAAUUAUACACCGAAGACAACGCAGUUCAAUUUGUGCAAGAUAAACUACUACGAUGUUGCGUCUCGCGUGCAGUAAGCAGUUGAUCACUCCGGCGCUGUUGAAAACCGCGGCACAGCGGUUCCCGGUGCGUCAGCAGCAGGCUAUUCGGCAAUUCGCUCGGGAUGUGAAAGGCAGCGGAACAUCGACCAGCAGCUGGACGACGCGUGCUGAACGAGUGUCACUUCGUGAACGUGCCAUGGCUCCUCCCGGUCCCAACGCGUAUGCGAUUGGAAAGGGAGCGUUGGCCGGUGGUGCUGCCCUUGGUCUCGGUGCCCUGUGUUUCUACGGGCUCGGACUAGGAAGUGGUACCAGUACGCUGGAGAAUUCGCACCUGUGGCCGGAGUACGUGAAGCAGCGCAUUCAAGACACUUACCUGUACUUUGGAGGCUCACUGGCCAUUUCGGCGGCCAGUGCUAUGGCCGUGUUCCGAUCACCUCGCCUGCUAAGUCUAGUAUCGAGAAAUGGAUGGAUGUCGAUACUGGGAACGUUUGCGUUAAUGAUCGGAUCGGGCAUGGUGGCUCAAUCGAUACCGUACAGCCCAGGACUCGGUAGCAAGCAGGUGGCAUGGGCCGUACAUUCAGCUAUUCUUGGUGCGGUCAUUGCGCCUAUGUGUUUCGUCGGUGGAGCGAUCCUUACUCGGGCCGCUUGGUACACAGCUGGCGUUGUUGGAGGACUUUCCACGGUGGCCGUGUGUGCACCGAGCGAUAAGUUCCUGUACAUGGGCGGACCGCUAGCCAUCGGCCUGGGAGUCGUUUUCGCUUCGUCGCUGGCAUCCAUGUGGUUGCCCCCAACGACGGCGUUGGGAGCCGGAAUAGCAUCUCUGUCGCUGUACGGUGGUCUGCUACUGUUCAGCGGUUUCCUGCUUUACGACACGCAAAAGAUUGUGAAACGAGCCGAAAUGUACCCACUCUAUGCGCCACGUCCUUUCGAUCCAGUCAACUCAGCAAUUUCGAUCUACAUGGACACGUUAAACAUUUUCAUCCGAAUCGUCACCAUCCUUGCCGGUGGUGGUGGCAGUCGCCGCAAGUAAAGCACCCUACUUUAAUUAAUUUCUAAGCCUAUCUACCAAUUACAGGCUUCGGUUUAGUACCUAAUUAUGUGAUUAUUACUUUGCAGAGAUCAAUAGAAAGCUUGCUCCAUUCAAUUCGAUCUCCCUGUCCUAAAUGCUAUGCCCGGUAAAAAUAAAUGUAAAUAAAUAGA